GUUGGUGAUGGCGGCCACAACGUCCAUGUUGACUUCACUCGCUCUUUCUAAACUGCUCAAGUCACGUCGGAGUUCAUUGACGGUAACUAUGUUGGCUUAAACAUCACAUUUAGGUUUAGGGUCUUCUAGGCGCGAUGCGAGACGUCACAAGCGGGCUAACGUUGAGCCAAACAGCAGCUUCGAGGCACGGGCGGAAAUGGUGAGCUAGCAAAACUAGCCUCAUUUAUUAUUAUUAUUAUUAUUAUUAUUAUUAUCAUCCCUCCAUUGUUUGUAACGUCAGGCUUGUGUGAUCACACAGAGAAGGAGUUUGGCCCCCAGUCAGGUCGCCAAACGGAAGCAAGGGGAGGAUGAUCAUCGAGACGAAAUAUAUUAUAUUAACCACGAGCGGUUCUCGAGAGAAGAUGAAUGGAGAAAAUUGGGACAGUGAUAAAGAAGUCCAAGUUCCAUGGCCACUCAACAAAGCAGGAGGAAGGAAGCAGUCACAAACCAAAUACGUGGCAAGAAUUCUGAGAUUUGGUGAAGACACACGUGAACUGACGCCAUAUUUGAAAGCCGCUCAGGAUGGCAAGGAUGUACCCCUUACUGGUGAUUUGGAAUAUGGCAGAGGCAAGAGAAACAAACAGCCAAAGUCUUGGUCAUCAGACAGUGAGAGCAAGGAUGAAAGUGACGAGGAGACUCUAUCUGACAGACAGCAGAAGAAAAAGAGGAAAGUAAGCCGUACAGCUGUGGGAUAUGAUGCUCGGGCACAAUUGAAGGCCCAACUUGCUGCUCUGGGAAGAACUUCACCGAAAGAUACAUGUACAGAAAUGGAAUCCCUGAAGAAGGAAGUCCUCCAGUUGAGAGAGGAAAACAAAUCCCUUCGAGAUGCAUUGAGGGUUGUUGAAGGACUUCCUGGCCUGCUAAUGAAGAUGGACGACUUAUCACGUCAGGCAACAAUACUAUCAGCUCGACGUCCUGCUGUCGCUCUGCCAGAGAGGAGCUGGCCAACAGCAGCUUGACAGGAAAAAAAUCCAAUGCUUUUAAGGAUAAGCAUGAGAAACCAAAACUGGAUGACAACAAAGUGUCUGCUAUUAUUGAUUUUGUGAAGAAGCUCCAUCCCUCAAGUGAAGCAAAUGUGAUAAAGAAAAUCAUUGGAGUGAAACUGAACAUUGCGCAGAAAAUGGAAAAAAAGAAGGCCUCAGAAACAAAUUCUGCUGGACGUCUAGCCGUCUCUAACAGUCGGGGAAGCGCGGUGAUCAUGUUGAUUUAUGCUGCUGACAUUUAUUUAUUACGUCAAGAUUUGAGUUACAUGUAUAUAAUAAAUACAAGUCAACAUUCAUUCAACUGCAAUAUUUGUCUUUCUCCAUUGCCAGUGUUAGACCACAGAUUUUGUAGAAUGCCUGCCCAAUCAUUUCUACAUCAUUCUGAACCGUAUUCCACAGAAAGCCAUUCCAUAGGAGCCUGUUCUAUAGAACUACUCUUUAGAACUUUCUUCUAUAGCACUAUUCUUUAGAGGUGAUCUAUAGAACCAUUCUUUAGAACCUUGUUCUAUAGAACCAUUCUUUAGAACCCUGU